AUGCGGCAGGUUUACUCUGUGGAUCAACAAGGACAAACAUUAAAGCAUUUUGCUGCCCUACAAAUUGACGACGAGAUGGAGCCGAGGGAUGAUGUACUUGGGGACUGUGCCUUGCGCUUCCUUGCAGCAUCCGGUCUAGAAUACGAUGACGACGAGUCAUGGUGGGCUUUCGCGCCUCUGGAUAAGGUGGUGUGCUCAGAAGAACGGACCUUAGAGGGAGAGAUGGAUGUUUUGCCCGUAUCUCCUGUGGCACAGCACCUUCGGGCUGCAGCAUCAGAGGGGCAGUGGAAGAAACAUUUGCAGAAGAUGAAAUCAUCACCAUGGAUGCUUAAAAUGCAGCCAAUUUACGGUAUUUGGUUACCGGAGUUUCGAGUGCCUCCAACCUCAAACCGGACAAGCGUACCCGUGGAGCGCAUUCAUCGUCCACUUGGCAAUGAUGGUUUUGGAGCUUAG